CGCACAAUAACAAAGCCUUCAAUUAAUUUACACUUUUCUAGUUUAAUUAAUAUUUUCUUGUGUGGAAUCUUUAAUUUAAUUAAGAUUGUAUUGUUUAAUUAGUGAUCUUCUGAUUGUAAACUUGACAUUAUCUAUGGUUUGAUUAAUCUGUGGAAGAAAAGAAGAGUCAAUGUUUUACUGGAUGGUUUCUCCUUUCAGUGUUUCCUUUCAGCUUUUUUUUUUGUUUACUUGUAAUAGAAUAGCUCUGAUAUUAAUUUGUUAAUCAUAAUUACAUUUAUCAAUAAUUAUUUAUAUCAGUGAACUGCAUCUUUACUUGAAGACUUUUCUUCUCAUUUUUCUUUUUAUCUUUUUAGCUCGUCUGUCUGUGUAUCUGUGUACCUGCAUCAUUUAACUCUUUCAAUCACAAUGGUUGAUGAUCGUUGGGGCAGUAGUAAUGAUCUUGUUAUAAAAGAAGAGACUUUACCAACAUCUUCUUUAAUUGCUGCCAGUUCAACUUCAACAUCUUUAACCAACAAUAACAGUAAUGGAACUAAACAAUUACCCGUACCACAGAAUAGAAUUCCUAAAAUUGUAAAAUCUGCUAUUGAAACAUCUUCCAUUCCAAAGGAGCAAGAUAUUCAAGAUAGAGAAAAGCUGAGAAGUCAACUAACCUCUUUACAAGCUUUAUUGGAGAAAACAUCAAAAAAAGGUGGUGAUAUAUUGAGAAGUUACAAAGGACGCGAUUUGAAUCAGCAUCCCUCUUAUGCAGAGAAUUUGAAACUUCAACAAGAUGUUGAAAAAAGAAUCGAAGAAGUUAAAGGAAAACUAUUCGAAAUCUCCAAAAGAAUCGGUAGUGCUAAUAAAGAGGUGAAGAAUACUGAAGAUGCAGAGACGAAUCAAGAGCCUGUUGAUGUUGCCAUAAAAUCUUUCGCCGGUGUCCCAAUUUACGAGGACGAUGAUAUUAGUGAUAAAAACUUCAUCGACCCUGGAAUGCAUUGGUGUAAACAAUGUGAUAUAUUCAUCAGUGAUCUUCCUGCAUACCUCAAGCAUCUUACAACUGAAAAACAUUGGAAAGUUAGUGAAAGUAAAGAAGAACCUUGGAGGAGAACCGAUAAUAGACCAAAAAUAGAAGUUGAUCCAGCAAAGAAAAGAGAUACUGAUAUUCUAGGUGUCCAUACUUUGAUCGCAAUUCGUGGUUACUUUUGUCAAGUAUGUGGUAUACUUCUUGGGAGCCCAUCACAUGCCGAAGAUCAUCUUAAAACAAAUACGCAUUAUCGAUGCUACAAUAGGCAAAAAUUGAUGAAUAGUCGACAUGAGUAUAACUAUUCUAUUGAUAAAUCAAGAGCUUUAACUAAAUUCCAAAGUCAAGAAAGAAAACGCCAAAAAGAACAGGAGGAAAAAGAAGAAAGAGAAAAGGAAGCAAAAAGACGAGCCACAGAAUUAGAGAUGAAGAAAAGGAUUCUUAAGGAGAAGCUCGAUGAAGAGAAUAGAUUGAAAAAGAGCAGAGAAUUACAGGAUAAGACACAAGAUAGAAACUUCAAAGAACUUUCAAGAAAUCAAGAUCGUGAUCGAGAUCGAGAUCGAGAUCGAGACCGUGAUCGUGAUCGUGAUCGUGAACGACACAAAGAAAAGGAUAAAGAGAGAGACCGAGAAAGAGAUCGUGAUAAAGACAGAGAUAAAGAGAGAAUAAGUAAAAGUUUCAGUUCCAAGUUCAGCAAUAGUCAUAGUAAAGAUAAAGAUCAUCGAGAUCGAGAUCGAGAUAGAAACAGAGAAAAGGAAAGAGAACUCAAACACAAAUUGAAGCAUUCGAAUGAUGUUAAAUCUGAAAGCAAAAGUAAAAAUUCAACGAUAAUUGAAAAGAUUGAAGACGAAAAUGUUUUCGGACCACAUUGGCCAUUCCAAGAUCAAAAGUUAUCAAUGAAAACUUUAGUUUUUAUUCCCAAGAAAGAGUGGCAAUUGUGUUACAAGAAACAUAUUAAAUUAAUGAUGAAGGGUAAAAUUCCUACUCUCUCAAAUUCAACAAUGAAAAAACAAAAAGAAUCGCAAGAAUCAACCAAUCCAGAUUCCACAUCAGAUGCCAAAAAAGUUACAAAUUCACUUUCUCUACAAAUUGAACCGGAAGAGCCUGAUAAUGUAGAUUCCAGUAUCGGUGAUCUGGUCCUUGCAAUUACCAGUGAUCGAGGGGGUGGAAUGUCCGAUUCUGAUUUAGAUAAUCAUGAUAACCAGAGAAAUGAUUUCAAUUCAAUGUUCACAGUGGAAUAUGAUGACGAUGAAGAGAAAUCAUGUAAAAUUAAAUCAUCUGAUUUCGUUGUAACCCAAGACAUUGAUUUUACCAAAAUGGCCUCUUCAAUUGCCAUGGAAGAAGGAUCAUCAUCUUUAAAUGGAAAUCCACCUCUCUCUUGUGAUACUGGUCAUCGAUUUGAAUUAGAAGACGAUGAACAAAUGGAAGUUGAAAAUGGUCAUGAUGUUUUCUUUUCCGAUGCAAGGAAACCAUCACCAGUACAAGAAAUGGACGAAGAUGAGCCAUUUAAGUUGAACGAUAAAAAAUUAAACGGAGCUUCUACUUUGGAUCCUGACUCUCUUACCUCUCCAACCGAUGAUCAAAUGCUUUCACCUCCUAUUUGGGUACAACCUUUAUCUUUACACGAUUUAGCUGAGUAAUUAGUUGAUCAUUCUCUCCCGUUUAUUACAUUUUUAGGCCUUCGUGCCUUGCAUUUUCUAAUUGUGUGUAACAUACACACCGAUCAGUUUGUAAAAUUAAUCUCUAUUCUCAUCUUCAAUCACCAUGCAAAGAAAAGUCAACUCACUCAUUUUCACCUGAAAAACAAAACCGAUUUACAAAAAUAACAUUGUCAUUGAACAUAAUCAAUCUCUACAGUGGUUCCAAACGUUAAAUACCUCAAACUCAUCUAAAUGGUCACUGUAUCUUAAUUGUCUCUCUAUUUCCUCCAUAUUUCACUUAUUCCUCCUUAAUUUUGAUCAUAGAUUAUCUAUAACGUUAUCUAAUUAUCACAACAAUAACAUUAAGUAAAUAAAAUUAUCAUUUCAUUUCACAAUUUUA